AUGGGCUACCUGGGGUCUACUGUUGUCUUUCUGUGCUGUGUCAGUCUAUCCCUGGCUGCAAUUUCAGGAUUCCUGGUCAUUUCAGAGUACCAGUUGGAAUCUCAACCCUUGAGCCAGUGUGAGCUGAAGAGAGAAGGAGGAUUGGUGCAUGGAGGUUACAUCCCACAGUGCUCAGAGGACGGCAGAUACAGGAAUGCCCAGUGCAAUAGAGACAGCAGCUCCUGUUGGUGUGUGAAUGCUACAGGUGAUGAGGUUCCUGGGAGCCGGAGGAACGGCUCGGCUAUUCUUUGUUCCUCCUUUUGCCAGCUCCACAGACAGCAGGUCUUCCUCAGAGGCAAUGUCACCUACAUCCCCCAGUGCUCAGACUCCGGAGAAUAUGAGACAGGGCAGUGCGACACCCUGCUCAAGCAGUGCUGGUGUGUGGAUGCUGAAGGGAUGGAGAUCUAUGGGACCCGUCAGAAUGGAAAACUGGACCGCUGUCCUGGUAGCUGUGAGGUGAGGGAGCGGCGCCUCCUUCAUGGGGUUGGUGAGAAGUCUCCUCCACAGUGCUCCACAGAGGGGGAGUUCCUGCCUGUUCAGUGCAAAUUCAUCAACACAACAGACAUGAUGGUCUUUGACCUCCUUCACACUUUCAACAGGUUUCCUGGUGUUUUUCAGACAUUCAGUGGCUUCAGAAAAAUGUUCCCAGAAGUUUCUGGUUACUGUUUCUGCGCUGACAGCAGGGGAAGAGAACUUGCUGGUACAGGGCUGGAGUUGCUGCUGAAUGAGGUGUACGACACAGCUUUCUCAGGACUAGAUCCAGGUCGCUCUUUCACUCAGUCCAACAUGUACCGCAUACUGCAGAGGAGAUUCCUGGGAGUCCAGCUGGCAAUGAGUGGCCGGUUCAGAUGCCCAACCACUUGUGAAAUCGAGCGGUCCGUGGCUGUGCAGACGGGGAGCGUUUUUGUGCCCUUGUGUGGUGAGAGUGGAAACUACAAAGCAAUGCAGUGCCAGGAUGGAGGCCAAUGCUGGUGUGUUGACCCCAGUGGGAAGGAGAUCUUUGGAUCCAGACAACAAGGGGGAAUUCCUGUCUGUGGUAGCAGUGACAAAGACUGCCCCUCAGAAAGACGACAAGCACUCUCAAGGUUGUUUCAUGGCCCAGCCGGUUUCUUCAGCCAGCAUGAUAUAUUCUCUACACCUGAAGCUGGUGAUGAAAACUUGGCCAAGCCACUUAGUCCAUGCAGUCCAGAUCUCAAAGAACUGUUUGUGAAAUCAGGUUUGCUGCUCUCCCUCCCUGAAUUCAGCAAAUCCAAUGUGGAAGUCGUGCUUGGUGAAGUCAUUCGAGGAAUGUUCCCAUCCAGAGAAAUGGCCCUCAAGGCUCUGAGGCUGACCACAAAUCCCAAGAGGCUUCAAGAGAAUCUGUUUGGAGGUAAAUUCCUGAAGAAUGUAGGCCAGUUCAACUUCACAGGUGCUGUUGGCACCAGAGGAACAUUUAGGUUCAAGCAACUCUUUCAACAGGUUGGCCUGACAGAGAAAACCAAUGGAGGAGACUUUGUCUUACUUGCCAAACUGUUUUCUUCAGAAGAAGAUUCUCUUCUGAUCAAACAAGAGAUCUUGAAUCUGGACCAGAAAAUCAGAGAUGGGUUUGGUCGGGAUGUGAAUCUGAAGGAGAACCAGAACUUGGUCAAGCUUGUUGGGUCUCUUCUGGAGAAUGAGCAGUUCUUUACCACAGUACGAGAUAUCAUCUCUUUUUUCAGGACAGAGGAGACUGAAGAUUUAGGUAGCUUGUUUCAAGCUGUUUUCCAGAAUGCCAAAGCUGGAGUUUGUGAUGAAGACUACUCAGGCACGUUUGUUCCACAGUGCAGCACAAACGGAGGGUUUGAGGAAGUUCAGUGCCACGGUACAGAGUGCUGGUGUGUAGAUCCACAAGGAAAGGAGAUCCAAGGUUCCCGCAUUCCAGGGAAAAGGCCGAGGUGCCCUUCGAAAUGCGAGAAGGAACGUGAAACAGCCAAGCUGGUAAAAGCAAGCCAGGCUGCAGGAUCUGAAGUGUUUAUCCCCAGGUGUGAGGCUGAUGGGAGCUACAAGUCGAUCCAGUGUUCAGGGAAGAGUUGUUUCUGUAUGUUAGGUACAGGAAUAGAAGGGAACAGGACAACUUUAGGAGAACCUUUGCAAUGUCCAACUGCAUGCCAGUUGACAGCAGCUCAGCAGUUCCUGAGCAGUGUGCAGUCUCUCUUAUCAGAGUCCAGUCCAGUGUCUCAUCUGUCUGAUGUCUACGUCCCCCAGUGCAAUUUAGACGGAAGCUGGCGUGAAGUCCAAUGUGAUGGACCUCCAGAGCAAGUGUUUCAGUUUUACCAUGAGUGGGUUAAUCAGAAUAAUGCAGGACAAGAGCUUCCUGCCUUGGAUAUUAUCGAUAAAAUACGGGGUUAUCAAAGAUUGCCCGAAACCUUCACUAGCUUCAAAGCCUUUGUAAAAGAGCUCUAUAAUGCAGGACACCAGAAGGUCUUCCCAGUGUUCUCCAGAUAUGAGACCUUUGGUGAUGUUCCUCUUGAAGUCUUAACAGGCCAUGACAGCUCCAUCUCUGGCAGCACAGUUCUUUUUAACCCACUUGCUUUCUGGCGACUGCUGGUUGGUAAUUCUACCUUUUACCCAGGGCAGUUGUCUGAUUUCAGUGUGGCACUGGGCCACUUUCAGCUCCGCCAGUGCUGGUGUGUCAAUGGAAACGGGCAAAUGAUGGCAGGCACCAAGGCAAUGGUUAAUGAGGUUCCAAAAUGCCCAGGGCCAUGCUCUCUUGUGAACCAGCAGGUGGCGCAGUUUCUACAGGAGGCUGAAGAAACCAUCACUGUUUCCAACAGUUCUCACUUCCCGCUUGGGUACAGUUUUCUGCUGGCAAACAGUCUUCAGCUAACCCCGAGUGAACUCCUCCACAGAAUCAAAUCCUUCAAGUCAGGAAUGUCCUUCUCUGACAUACUUCAGAGCAGCAGUGACUAUGCUGUUCGGCUCACCUCACACACAACUUUACAUUUUUACUGGCAGACACAUUCGGCGUCAGCAUUUCGUCAAGGAGAUGGAUUCCUCCUGGGGUUCCAGCCUUACACCCCUCAGUGUAAUGGACUCGGUCACUGGGAACCAACCCAGUGCUCUGAGAGUACCGGUCACUGCUGGUGUGUUGAUGAGGAUGGAAGCUACAUACCCGGCUCAUUGGUUAGUCGCUCAGUUCAGCUGCCACAGUGUGGAUCAGCAUGUCGUCGUGCUCGUUCCAAGGCUGUUCUGUCCGACUGGAGUCAAGCUGGACCAGAGCCCAGAGCCAUGGACACUAACCUGCUUAACCCUUCCUGCCAAGAAAAUGGGGAGUUUUCAGUGCUGCAGAGAGGAGAAGGUGGCCAUGCCUGGUGUGUGAACCCCUCCACAGGGAAAACCAUUCAGCCUGCUGGCCAGAGGAUGGAUGGCAGCUCUCAGUGUCCUAGCUGGUGUGAGCUGCUGAAGAGCCAGACACUCAGUUGGGAUGCAGCGAUAGGCUAUGUUCCUGAGUGCCAGGAGAACGAAGGCUCUUUCUCCCCAGUCCAGUGUGACCAAACAGGGCAAGAUUGCUGGUGUGUCUUUGAAAAUGGAGAGGAGGUGCCAGGAACAAGGGGCAACCAAACAGCAGGACACAAACCAGUGUGUGACAGUCCUCAUUGUCCGCUACCAUUCAGCGAGCCUCUUGUCUAUAAUGGAAUAGUACUGUGCAAGGAUGUUAUUAGUAAUGGCCAGCGAAAGCAGCAAUGCCGGCUGUCAUGUCGCCAAGGUUACCACAGCACACUUCCUGGCGACAACUUCCUCUGUGAUGUGGAGUCUGUUACCUGGGUUUCAGCUGCCCCACAUCCUCAUGCCUGUCAGAGACCCCAGGUGUUCCAGACCGCUCAGGCUCAAGGAGAGUUCCAGCUAUUGCUCACUAAGGGGAAGCCAUGCAGCAGUGAACACUCCAACUUACAAGCAACCAUCCUUGAAGAUCUGAGGGCCCGAGGUUUCUGCCACUUCCAGGUAAAUUCUUUUGGCGAAUCCAGUUCAGUUUGGAUCUGUGAUAACUCAACUGUAUCUAUCAAGUGCCUGGAUGCAGAUCGCUUGAAAGCGGAGAUCACAUGGAGGGCACGACUAGAAGACAUUCCCACCAGCGCGCUUCCUGAUCUGCAUGACAUUGAAUACGCUUUUGUUAAUGAGAACCUGGUGAACCGUUUUGUUGCCCUGAUCAAAACUGGAACUCAUCAGCUCUCUUUGGACUCUCAGCCAUUGCUUGAUAUGGCUCCUGCCUUCAGUCUGGGAUGUGCCCCCGGAUACAUCAGGCUUCCCGGAUUAAGAGGAUGCGCAAUCUGUCCAGCAGGCACCUCUGCCAGCAGCGAUGUGUGCUUCCCAUGCCCACAUGGUUCCUAUCAGGACCGGGAAGGAAGUGGCUCCUGUAUCGAGUGUCCUGCAGGCAGAACUACUGUCUCCAGAGGAGCUUUCAAAGUCACACACUGUGUUACAGCAUGCCAGGCCAGCAGAGGAGGCUUGGAAUGCAAUGAAAAAGGACAGUACAAAGAGAGUCAGAGGGAUGCCGUCUCAGAGAAGUGGUUCUGUGUGACUGACAAUGGGGAGAAGCUAAACUGGACCGAAGCUGUUAAACCUCUUACAGAUUCUCAGUGCAAUGUAUUACAGAAAUUUGAAGAUGUUCCUCAAUCUCAGUGGAUGCUAGAUGCUGCUGAUGCCGUAGUGAUUGGAUCAGAAACAUCAAAUUCGGAUCUCCAAAACCUGCUAAUGCAGUGUAUCUCAGACUGCGCAGAUAAUGUGACUUGUGAUUAUCUGACUGUAUACGGUGAAGGAACUGUGGCUCAUUGCAACAUGUAUAGUUCAGCUGAAACAAAUGUUGUAUGCACAACCUCUGGAAAGUCCAAAGGUUUUCUUGGCAACUCUGAGGCAGACACUUUUGAGAACCUCACCUGUUCUCUGAAAGUACAAAGUAAUGGUGGGCAAGGCUUUGCAGUAUACAGAAAGAAAGGUCACGAAUUCACAACUGGGUCCCAGAAAAUAUUGAAGAGGACAGCUUUUCAGAAGGCAGCUGCUGGGGUGUACCGGGCAGUGGUUUUCACUGCAGGGGGAGCGGCUUUGAUAGACGUGUAUCGCUUCUGCCGAGACGUCUGUAACCAGGAGACCUGUUGUGAUGGCUUCAUGCUGAACCAGAAUGUUCUAAAUGGAGGCACUGCCAUGUGUGGACUCCUGAGCUCUCCAGAUGUGCUUCUCUGCAAUGAGCAGGACUGGAGGGAUGCUUCUCGGCGUGGCGAUGCUGGAGUUUGUGCAGGAGGAAUAAAAUAUAGCAAGCAGCAGAAACUAUUUACAUUUAGCCUAGGAGGGCAGAACUUCACUCUUACUGAUGCACACUUACCGCCAUCUAGCAAGAACAAUUCAGAUUACCAGGCAUCUCUUAUCAGCUUUCAACGUGUUUAUCUGUGGGAGGACUCCAACAUGCAUGUUCGCCCUAAAUCAGCCCCGGAAUGUUCCAGUAUUGUGCUUCAAGACCAGAGAAGCAUAGUGUUGUCAGAUGCUGUAAAGGAAGCCUUCACCUUAGUGGACAGCAGCUCUAUUCGAGUGGACCCAUCGCAAGCAGUUCCAAGCCAUCACUACUGGAUCUUUAAGAGCGAGUAUUCAGCUGAACAGGCGCAGACUUGGUGCCUCAGACGUUGUGAAGAAGAAGAGUUGUGUAAGGUCACAGAUUUGCAGGACAACGCCACUCUGCAUUUCACCUGCACUCUGUAUCCAGACACCCAGGCCUGUGGCGCAUACGAUAAGACAGCCCGACAAGCUUGCAGCCUGGUGCUGCCUGUAGCUCCUCAGACUGUCCACAGAAAGAAAAUUUUACUGACCGGAAGUGUGAAGAACUUCUACAGCCGGCUGCCAUUCAAAAAGCUGCUAGCAUAUUCAGUACGGAACAGAGUUAACCAAACUGGCAGGGCAAUUACAGAGGGGUUUUUCGAGUGUGAGCGUCUUUGUGAUGAAGAUUCUUGCUGUAAAGGGUUUGGAUUCGUCAGGGAUGCCCAGUCCCCUGGUAAAGAGGUGCUCUGCUUGACUAUGAAUAGUGUGGGAAUUCAGACCUGCAGUGAGGAGGCACAGACCAGCUGGCGGGUCAGUGACUGUGAAACAUCCAAAACAGAGACUGAAGUCUACCCGUUCGGCUGGUAUCAGAAGCCAGUAAACCAGUGGAAUCAAAACCCCAGUAUGUGCCCACCUUUCCAUCUUCCUGCUGCAUCACAGAACCUGAUCCAAAGUAACUGGGAGAUCCUGGAUGCAUCUUCGGUUAUCACUGACCCGUCACUCUCUAAGUAUGACACUGUGCACAUAAGCAGGGACAUUUCUGAAGACUUCAAUGGCACCAGAGAUUGGUGCUUGUCAGCCUGCACAGCUAGCCAGUCUUGUGCCACAGUCUCAAUGGAAGUCAGGCCGGACGCUGUGAGAUGUAUUCUGUACCCUGAUACACACACCUGUACUCCAGGCCCACAAGGACAGGAGUGUAGGCUGCUGCUGAAGGAGCCCGGCCAUCUAGUGUACCGCAGAAAGGAUUCUGAGCCUGCCUUGACAUCUGUGUUCAUCCUGUCACACGGUGUCCUGCAUGGAGAAGCCCGGCUGACCUCCAUUGGGUCUGACUGGAAAACAGUCAGUCACUUCCUGGGUAUCCCAUAUGCUGCACCUCCAACAGCAUCCAAUCGCUUCAAUUCCCCACAGCCACCUGAGUGGACAGGGUCAUGGAAUGCCACUUACACUCGGCCCAGCUGUUUACAACCGGGUGAUGGGAAAGACCAGAUUCCUGAUGCACAGGAAGACUGCCUGUAUUUGAAUGUGCUUGUCCCCAAGGGCAUUGUAAGGAAUGCUUCUGUCCUCGUGUUCUUCCACAACCCUGCAGGACAGCCCAGUGAUGGACAGAGCUUGAUGGGUGGAUCCUACCUUGCUGCGGUUGGCAAUAUUAUUGUUGUGACUGUGAAUUUCAGAGUUGGAGCAUUUGGAUUCUUUAGCACAGCUUCAAAAGCAUUGAGUGGGAACUAUGGCCUUCAAGAUCAGACGGCUGCACUCAAGUGGGUUCAGAAGAACAUUGCCAGUUUUGGUGGCGAUCCUAAGCAGGUGACGAUGGCAGCAGACCGGAGUGGAGCUGACAUUGCCAGUGUGCAUCUGAUCUCCCCAGUCAGUGACGGCCUCUUCCAAAGAGCCCUGCUAAUGGGUGGAUCUUCCUUCUCCCCAGCCGCAGUAAUGAGCAAAAAAAGAGCCGAAGAACUGGCAGCUUCCCUGGCAAGUGAAGUCAGCUGUUCAUCUGCUAACCCUGAAGAUCUCCUCGCCUGUCUGCGAGAUGUCCCAGCUCUGCAACUCAAUGAGGCACAGACUAAACUGCUGGCAGUCAGGGGCCCGUUCCAGACCUGGGGCCCGGUGAUGGAUGGAGUUUCUGUUCAGGAGCAUCCCACUUCCGCAUUCCAGAACUCCCGCUUCCACAAGGUGGACCUAAUGGUUGGAACCUCAGCAGAAGAUGGGCUGAUUAGCAGGGCAAAACAUAUUAAGAAAUUUGAAGAACUCCAAGGGAGAACCAACAGCAAAACAGCCUUCUAUGAGGCUUUAACAAACUCUCUGGGGGGAGAGAACGGCUACUCGUUUGUCCAGGACGCGGCCACUUGGUUCUACUCGAUGCAACAUUCGCCAUCACCUUCUGGGUACAACGUGUUCUCCCGGGCCCUGGAGAAUGCCACACGUGAUCACUUCAUCAUCUGUCCUUCUAUAAAAAUGGCCAGCUUCUGGGCAGACAACACCAGAGCCAAUGUUUUCAUGUACCAUGUACCGGAGCAAAUAUCUCAAACCAGCAUUGACCUGUCUCUGCCUUUUGACAUUCAGCUUGUGUUUGGCUUACCUCACCAUCCCAAGACUGAACAACUCUUCACCGCAAAGGAAAGGAGCCUGUCUCUAAAAACAAUGCACUACGUGGUCAACUUCAUCACAUCAGGUAAUCCCAACCACCCCUACACUUUCUCAACAAAGUCCUUCAGUGAGACCCUACCCCCCUGGCCACGAUUUCUGCCUCACCCAACGGGAGAUAACUAUAAGGAGUUCGAUGUGUCGCUUCAGAACCGCAAGGGGCUGAGGAAAGCCGAGUGUUCCUUCUGGUCUGACUACAUACCGACUCUGAAGGCUUCCACCAGUAAUAUUGCAGGUUCUGGACUACAGUUGAGUGAAGAUGAAGCAUUGACAAGCCCAACAGAACAAUCAAAAUUGUUCGCUCUGUUUCGUACUUCUGUCACGCAGAGUAAACCAAAGUCACAAAAGGAUGCCUACAACUAGGUUGUUGAUUACCAUCAUUAGUGUGUUAAAUCUCACCCCGUUCUAUAUUCUAACCCAUGAAACUAAUAUCCACUGGAUACAUGAAAAAUCAUAUCGCUUUUAUAAGUCUGACUCAAUUCUAAUGAAGGUUAAAUAAUUAUCUAAGCUGAAUUGUCUGCAUUAUGUGAAAUAAACAAUGAAGAGCAUUUGAAAGAGAAUGUAUGUGUCUGUGAUU